AUGUCCACUGAACCUGUGGUUUAUCAACUUCGUCGCCCCACAUCGGAUAAAUCUUGGGGGUUCGCACUUCAAGGUGGAGCCGAUCAAGGCCUCCCUGUUUUUGUGCACAAGAUUACAAGAAAUGGAAUCGCACAUCGAGCUGGACUCGAACCUGGGGAUGUAAUCGUCAAGAUCUGCAAAACCCCCCUCACCGGAAUGUCACAUAGCCAAGUAAAAGCCGAACUCCUUCGAGCUGGAAGCGAUCUCGAUUUUACUGUCCUCAAGUUAGUAAAUUUCACUAUCUUAUCGAAUUUCAAUAAUUUUGAAUUACUUCCCUGUAAAAAAUGCCAGUCAAAGGCAUGA